AUUGGACAACAUCUCUUUGUAUCCAUAUUUAAAAAGGAGGAGUGCAAUGAAUGAUCUUAAAAUUGGCACUUUAACCCAAAUGGCAGAUUUCAUGCGCCUUUUCUGAGGUCAAUUUAUGAUCGACACACCGAGCGAAUUUCAUGUUUCCAAGUGAAACUGGUUUUGGACCUUCCCGAAAUCCGGACCAAUCUUUUGAGAAUGGAAAGGCCUCCGAAAUGGCAAAGUCAUUCAACGACAAGGAAAAGCAACUCCCUUUCAAGAACAUUAUUUAAACACGGCCGUUGUGACUUUCACGACACAUCCUGUGAGGAAAAAUAUGGCCGCAAGUGUGUUUUUCCUGAGAGUGGCGGCGGGCUACAGACGCGGCCUUAUCUGGCCCAGAGGGGAGGAUGUGGUCAGCUCUGGGGGGCUUUUGUUGAUGGCUGCUACUGCUGCUGGCGUUGUUGCGGCACGGAGUCCAUUGUCACCGCCGGGCUCACGAACCCUCACUCCCCUUAGGGGAGGUAUAAGAACAGCAGCCUGACAUACUUUUUAGUCGAUAAUCGGGCCAACUGGACGAGCAGCAAUGAAUUCGUACCAGGAGGCUCAGUCUGACUUGGAGGUGAUUUUAGAAUUCCUCGAGGAGUACCACAGAGAAAAUAGGGAAAACAACGGUGUGCAGGAAGAUGCAACCAGUGUGGACAACGACACUUGGGAGCAAUGCUGGGGGCCUUGUGAGCCACCGAGCAUCCCAGGUGGCCCCGAGGCGGUGCCAUGCGAGCCCUCAGCCGCCUCCGUGACCACGAGACAAUUAAGCAAACAACAGGCCUCGGUAGCGGGCAGCGGUAGGAAGCUUCGCCUUUUUCACUUCCUCUUCGAGAUGCUUGAGGACCCCACGAUGGCCCACUGCGUCUCCUGGGUGCCGUCGUCCUCGGGCGUCUUCCGCUUUUCCGCCCGCAACAAGGACGAGCUGGCAGCGCUGUGGGGCCAAAGGAAAGGCAACAAACGACCCAUGACGUACCAGAAGAUGUCGCGUGCCCUGCGGAACUACGCCCGCUCGGGCGAGAUUGUCAAGGUGAAAAAGAAGCUCACAUACCAGUUCAGCGAGCACACCCUGAUGCUGCUGCACAAGCGUCACCGUGAAGAUCUGUAGCGCAAACCGGGGCUGAACGUUCACUGGAGCAGACAUCUUCGAUUGUCUGUGCCUGGAAUUGACCAACGGCGCCGUUAAAUAUCAAGUCGACAUUGUAUGCGUCAUCUCCAAUAAAAAGAACAUUUUGCUGCUUGAA